AUGGCCUAUUGCCCAGAUGUGAUGGAUGAUGACAGCCUUCAGCGUACCAUGGUGGCUCUUGACUUGCCAGAAAGGGUUACUGAAGAGUUGCUGUAUGAACUCUUUCUACAGGCUGGACCAUUGAAAGCAGUGACAAUACCUCAGGACAGGUAUGGACGGCCAAAAAGCUAUGCCUUUGUGGAAUUCAAGCAUCCAGAGUCUGUGAAUUAUGCCAUUAGCAUCAUGAAUGGCAUUCACCUACCUGGUGGUGCAAAUUUUGAUUUGUAA